AUGAUGGAAAUUAUAGUGUAAGUGCUGCCCAACAUGAUUCUUAAAGCAACUGAGAUUAUUAACAUUAAAUAAACCUUCUUGAAGAAUUUUCCAAAGACAUUGAAAGAAUUCAUCAUAAGUAAAUACAAAAUUCAGAUGUAUAAAUCGCAACAGAAAAUGCAUCUGUUGGGGUUAAUAAAUGAAGUUAAUGAAGAAUCUGAAGCAGAAAUUUAAGUUGAUUAUGAUGAAUUCUUGGAAGUUAUUCGAAAGAUUUAUACAACUUGGAAAUUAUUGAUCACCAUUAAAUCGCUUUUGAAGUUUGGAAUAUUCUGGAAGAAAAUUCGUAACCUUAAUAAUUGUAAAUCUAUUAAGAAUGUGGCAAGAGAAUGUAUGAAUAACUUUAAAAAAUAUUUGAAACUAAUUAGAUAUAAAAGAAAUUAAAAAUUAAAUAGGAAGGAAUAAAUCAUGCAGAAAACAAUCAGUAUUUAUAGAUUUUCCUAGUGUUUCUCGGUUUCUAGAUUAUUUUCAAGUGGUAAUAAUUGA